AUGCGCAACGCAAUUUUCCCAUUGCUGAACCUGGCCUUAUUCAAAGAUUUCAGUGGUGCCCUUAAACAGACCCCCAUUGGCCCCACGGGUGACUUGGGAUAUGCGACAUACCAAGGCAACCAGCGGUAUCCAAACGCGGUUAACUCAGGAACCACGGUCGACUUGGGAUAUGUGACAUACCAAGGCAAGCUGGACGAGGAAUACCCAAACACGGUGGUAUACUUUGGGAUACCGUAUGCCGAGCCCCCUGUAGGCGACCUGCGCUUCCGUCCAACUGUCCCUCUAAACACAGCACGUGUGACUAAAGAGGCCAACAGGAAGGUAGUCAGCGCGACCGAGCCCCCUAACUUUUGUAUUCAAGGAUCACUUCCUGGGAAAGAUGGAGGAGCAGGAUCAGAGGACUGCUUAAAUGUCAACAUUUACACACCCUUGGACGCCACAGAAGGCGACAACUUGCCUGUGAUGUUCUUUAUCCAUGGCGGAGGUUUUGUUUUUGGAAACCCGCCCACCUGGCCAUUUGAUCAUUGGAUCGAACAAAGCCCAAAUGUCAUUAUCGUAUUCGCCGACCAAUUUGGCUAUAAUGCGGGGACUCAAGGACCAGAGAGAGGCACUCAGAUGGGUCCAGUCACUACAUCAGCAAAUUCGGUGGCAACCCGAACGAGGAGAGCCCAGCCGCUUUUUGCUCGUGCUAUUGCACAGAGCGUCGUCAGAUCACCCCUUCCCACCCCUGAGCAACAGCAGCCCCUCUUCGAUUUAUACGCAAGGGAAGCAGGGUGCGAUCUGCCUGAUGCGCUAAUGAAAAUGUCAUGUAUCCGUAGGGCAAAUGUCAGUAUGCUUGCAGCAGCGCAGGAUGUUGCAUUCCAGCAAUUGUCCUUGGAAUACCGUACAUUUGGCCCUGUUGUAGACAACGUGCUAAUUACUGGACACCCUACGUCAAAGUUCCAGUGCGGUGACUUCACUCAUGUUCCGCUUUUAGUUGGUGCAACAUCCGACGAAAGUCUUAUUCCCAAGAUGUUUGGGGACAUCUCUGUGGCACUUAAGGUAUAUUACCCAUUGUUGACAGACACAGACAUCCAGCAGUUCUUGUGGCUAUACCCACUGGAUGACUUUGAUUCGCCAAGUGAGCAGUUUCAGGUGGUCGCAGGCGAACUUUCUGCGAGAUGCAAUCCCCAGGCCAUGGGUGUCCCAUCCUCGCGAUAUUCGGAUGACUUGACUUGGACUUAUCGGUACAACACGCCUACACCACGCAUCGAGUCCAACAUCAUCCCAGUCGAGCAUGCUGAUGAGAUCUGGAUGAUGUUUAACGGCAGUGAAACUGGUCCCAACGGCACUUUCACAUUCCAACCACAGACGCUAGCCGAACGCGCAUUCGCUUCCGAAAUCAUUGCUUACUGGCUUUCCUUCGUGCGCAGCAGCAAGCCGAAUACUUACAAGCUGGACAAGUCUCCGGUGUGGGGAGCGUACAACGAGUCCAAACCAGUCCGGGUGGUUCUGAUGCAGGACCCGCAAAAUUCGACGAAUGUGACUGGUAGCUAUAUGGAGGAACAGCCUGUUCCAGAGACUGUGAGGUGUGCAUUUGCAAUUAGCAAGGCGGAGGUUUGUCAAAAUUAGGCAGGGUUGUAAUGGCUUGUCAGAUUGUCAAACGUUUCGCGUUUCAGUCACGAGGUUAGCUGCUUUGUGCAUUGUGACGUAGGGUUCUUCUUUUCCUCUAACGCCGUGCUGGUCAUUUAGUGUAUGUAUGUAUGUAUGUAUAUCUUGUACGCGUACCACAUUGUGGUGAUUUCUUUCAGAAUCUAG